AUGCUAAAAUAUUUGAACGAAUUCAUCUCAAUUACUUAUAACAUGCGCACAACUAAAAUAGAAAAUAAUAAAAAUGACACUUUGGCUGCACUACUAUCUUACUCAUUUAAUAGUUAAAGUUAAAAGGUUAAAUUGAUCAUAAGCGGGCAAGCCCACUAAUCUUUGCCUCUCUUUGGCUCUAAAAUAGCAUCCUCUACUGCCCCAUGAGGCAAAAGAGGAAAAUGAAAGGCCUCUAUUUUUGGAUUCCGAUCUGAUCCAAUUGUUCAAGGGAUCGGCUCCCUAGGCAGAGCAACCGUUUGUAGAGGCCCCUAUGGUCCCAAUAAGGGAAGACCAUGUGGUAGGCAAAACUUUCUGCCCAUCUGGCAGGGAAAGGGAAAGCCUUCUGGGGGAGAAACAGCUUCCCUCUUCAGCAAGGCAUCCCCAAAAUUGAAGGUCUACUUCAAAAGGGACAGACGCCCUGCUUUCAGCUUCAUCGGGAUUAUUCCUACCUGCUCAAUGGGGAGUGCAUUUGGAGUUCAAUUUUCGUCAAUUCACCAUUUUAUUUCUUCAUUUAAUGGGCAUCUCAUAUUAAUGCAGCACCUUAAAUAUGUAUAUUCUGAUAGCAAAAAAGUUUAUUUUGGCUUUAAUAUCAAGGCUUUGAUUCCAAGGCAAACAGCAUAG